AUGAGGUUGAUGAAUGAGUUCGAAAGCUUGAAACGACGUUUUGACAUUGACACGGACACUGAGGUUCUGCCACUGGCUAUGAACCUAGAAACCAGUGACUACUAUGAUACAAAUGACGGUGAAGUCAUCUUGCAAAGCGAGGACUUGGAGGAACUGUUUCAUCCUAUUAUCGAAAACGUGACAGGACUCAUCAGCAAACAAGCCGUCAGAACUAAGGCUGAAAAUAAGUUCCCAAUCUCUAUAAGUCAAGCCAGUUUAGGCCGGUUAAAAGUAGCUAAAGUGACUUUCUAA